GCAGCCAGAGCUCCGGCACCCCGCAUCCUUCCUCCCGGUGGGCCGUGCACCAACUGUGCGAGCACCAUUUCACUGUGGACCUGCCUCCCGCUCACAGAUAUGGGAGACAUGGGAGAUCCACCCAAAAAAAAACGUCUGAUUUCCCUAUGUGUUGGUUGUGGCAAUCAAAUUCACGAUCAGUAUAUUCUGAGGGUUUCGCCGGAUUUGGAAUGGCAUGCGGCAUGUUUGAAAUGUGCAGAGUGUAAUCAGUAUUUGGAUGAGAGCUGUACGUGCUUUGUUAGAGAUGGGAAGACCUACUGUAAGAGAGAUUAUAUCAGGUUGUACGGGAUCAAAUGCGCCAAGUGCAGCAUCGGCUUCAGCAAGAACGACUUCGUGAUGCGCGCCCGCUCCAAGGUGUACCACAUCGAGUGCUUCCGCUGCGUGGCCUGCAGCCGCCAGCUCAUCCCCGGGGACGAGUUCGCGCUGCGAGAGGACGGGCUUUUCUGCCGGGCCGACCACGACGUGGUGGAGAGAGCCAGUCUGGGCGCCGGAGACCCGCUCAGCCCUCUGCACCCCGCAAGGCCGCUGCAAAUGGCAGCCGAGCCCAUAUCCGCCCGACAACCGGCCCUGAGACCCCACGUCCACAAGCAGCCCGAGAAGACCACCCGCGUGCGGACUGUGCUGAACGAGAAGCAGCUGCACACCUUGCGGACCUGCUACGCCGCCAACCCCCGACCCGACGCGCUCAUGAAGGAGCAACUGGUGGAGAUGACGGGCCUCAGCCCCCGUGUGAUCCGGGUCUGGUUUCAAAACAAGCGGUGCAAGGACAAGAAGCGGAGCAUCAUGAUGAAACAGCUCCAGCAGCAGCAGCCGAAUGACAAAACUAAUAUCCAGGGGAUGACAGGAACCCCCAUGGUGGCUGCCAGUCCAGAAAGACAUGAUGGUGGCUUACAGGCCAACCCGGUGGAAGUGCAGAGCUACCAACCACCUUGGAAAGUACUGAGUGACUUCGCCUUGCAGAGUGACAUAGAUCAGCCGGCCUUUCAGCAGCUGGUCAAUUUUUCAGAAGGAGGACCUGGCUCUAAUUCCACUGGAAGUGAAGUGGCUUCGAUGUCCUCUCAGCUCCCAGAUACACCCAACAGCAUGGUGGCCAGUCCCAUAGAGGCAUGAGGGACAUUCAUUCAGAUGGUUUGUUUUUGUUUUUGUUUCCCCCUGUUGGAGAAAAUGGGAAAUUAUAAUGUUGAACUCCGAACACAAAAAAAUAUUUAACAGCCCAGUCAAUGAAAACUGAAUCAAUCGAGAAAUGAAAAUGCUCCAUGAAAUGCACGAAGUCUGUUUUAUGACAAGGUGAUAUGGUAGCGACACUGUGAAGACAAUCAUGGGAUUUUACUAGAAUUAAAACAACAAACAAAACCCUAACCCGACAUAAAACUGUCCAAUGACCUUAGGAGUACUGAAAAACAAAGACAUUUUUCAAACGUAGAGGAUUUAUCUUCAAGGAUCUCAAAAAAAAAAAAAAAAAAAACCAAA